ACUUAGUUGAUUAUCAGUGAGUGAGGUGUCUGUUUAGUGUUGACACGUGUUAAUCCUUUUAAAAGAGAUAUUUAUUUAUAUUUUUGUAAUAAAAUUUAGCUUAGCAUUUAUCUGACUGUUAUGAAGUUAAAUAGUUAUCGUGCUUUUGGUUAACGUAUAGAUUUAAUAUGUAACAAAUAUAGAGUUUGUGACUACACUAAGGAUGGUUGAUCAACGUAUAGCAACUGUUUUAAAUAAUUUAUAUUAGAGGAAUAGAAAUCUACAAGUGCAUGCCAAAUGCGUCAAUGGGCACCACAAACGGCGGCUGGCGAGGGUCGAGGGUGGUGCGCUAUCUCUUGCUACUGGUGCUUGCUUUAGUAGCAAUGGAGUACCUCUUCGGUUCCAUUCUGGAUGCUUCUGUCUUGAGGUCCAUACUUCACCCGCAUAACGACUCGCAAUCUUCUUUCUACAGUGCCAUGAAAUUUGAUUGGGCAAAACAAAUGAAGACAACUGAAGAUAAAAAAAACGAAGUUAAAAACAUAGCUGUAAAUAAAACCAUAGAUUUAAAAGACAAUGAGGCGAUCGAAGACCAAAAAGACAAUACGAUAUAUCUGGCUACAAAGACUGAAGAUGGAUUAACGAAUAAAACAAUAGAAAAACUUAAUUAUAAUACAACCGAAACACCACUACCACUUUGUGAAGAAAUUCCUCCUGAUCUAGGUCCAAUAACGGCGAAUAAAACUGAAUUAGAGCUAGAUUACGUAGAAACAAAAUAUCCAGAGGUUGAUCCUGGUGGUCAGUAUUCACCACCUAACUGCACAGCUAGGCAUAGGGUAGCUAUUAUUGUACCGUACAGAGAUCGGGAACAACAUUUGGCCGUGUUUCUGAAUCACAUUCAUCCAUUUCUGAUGAAGCAACAAAUCGAAUAUGGAAUAUUUAUCGUGGAACAAUAUGGUAACAAAGCUUUUAAUAGAGCCAAGUUGAUGAACGUAGGUUUCGUGGAAAGUCAGAAACAAAAGGCGGGCGGAUGGCAAUGCUUUAUAUUUCACGAUAUAGAUCUGCUGCCGCUGGAUCAGAGGAACUUGUACCAUUGUCCUGAACAACCUAGACAUAUGUCUGCAUUAAUAGAUAAAUUUGACUAUAAGUUACCUUAUAAAGAUAUAUUUGGCGGAGUAUCAGCCAUGACGGUAGAACAAUUUACAAAAGUAAAUGGAUUCUCAAACAAAUAUUGGGGUUGGGGCGGAGAAGACGAUGACAUGUUUCGCAGGUUGAAUAAGAUGAAUUACCAUUUAACGAGGUACGACAACUUAUCAAUAGCAAAAUACGCCAUGUUGGAUCACAAGCCUUCCGUAGCAAAUCCUAAAAGAUAUCAAUUGUUAACUCAGACUAGUAAAACAUUAGAGAGUGAUGGACUCUCGACACUCGAAUACAAACUUGUUAAAGUAACCCAACAUCAUCUGUAUACGCUUAUCGUCGCCAAUAUAGAUGAGCCCAGCUGAUGGCAGUACUUCGUCAAACUCUUGUUUGGCGAACAUUAACCAACACCCAAUGCAUUGCCAAUGUGCUCUCAUUGUUACUGUGAAAUUCUGCUGCCGUCUUACUUAUUGUGGUCUCUAUUUUUUCAAAGAGAAUGAGAGCGAUGGCAAUAUGAAUUUAUACAAGUGCUGCGUAAACGUAUUUAAGAUUAAUGGUUAAUAAAGACAUGACAGGAUUCGAGUGAAUACAACGCUGACAACCUAACAACCUUCUCGCAACCGAUAUGAUGAACUAUUUCUACUAAAAAAUACAUGGAUAGGCUAUAAGCCAUGGUAUUUUGUGCCUACUUGAUUUUCACCAUUUUGGUGCUGACGGCAGCGUUUGUUAACGGUGGUUAAGAUUCCAACUAAUAGUAAAUGAGAUAGAAUAAGGCGUGUUUAAGUAGAACGUAGUAAAAGGUGUUCUUUCCAAGCAACCUGUUGACCAAUCCAGCUAUAGAGAUCAGUGACCACCGUUGGAGAGUUAACCUUAAAAGUUUUCUUGUGAUAUUCUCGGAGUCGUGAACUGUAUUUUUGUUGCAGUGACAAAGACUUUUGGAAGCAAAUGUUCAUAACGUGUUUUUAUGUAUUAAUGUUACAAGUGUAAACGCAUAGUAUAUUAUAAAAUAAGAAUAAAGUUUGUGAUAAAUAGAUUAGAUUCGUUAAUAAACAUAUAAUCCUAUAUUAAAAUGUAUGUGGUCAGAAAUCUUAUCCAAUCGCUACUGAAAACUGUUAAAUCAAAAUAUAAUAACAAUUCCAA